AGAGAGUAUGUGUGUUUGUGUGUGUGUCAGAGAGAGAGAGAGAGAGAGAGAGAGAGAGAGUGUGUGUGUGUGUGAGUGACCUGGUCAUUUGUGUAAUCCCAAAUCCUGCUGUGCCUGAUAUCCUCUCGUGGUCUGCGAUUGUUUGGGAAUACUCAACAAAAUAAGCACCAUUCCAGGUUUAUUACAAACAUACCCUCAUGCUUUCAGCAGACAGGUGUGUGUGAGAGAGUGAUCUCAUGCUCUCGCUGGCAUACCUGUAAUGAUGAUGAUGAUGGUGUCAGCGCGGCGCUCAGGAGUGUGAAGGUAGCAGCAGUACUGUGUGACGGGCAGGUGGCCUGACCAAUCAGCUGAGAUGUCUGCUCGAGUGAGGCCUCUGGCCCCGCCCACUUUUCACUUGGAGGGGGUGGACCAGGUUGCCAUGGCCACAGAGGACAUUAUAGAAAAGAAGCACCCAGAUGAUGGAAAUAACUUCAACAACAACAAUAACAAUGAAGAUGAGGAAAAAAAGAAGAAAAAGAAAGAAAAAAAGAAGAAAGAGAAAAAAGAGAAGAAAGAAAAAAAAGAGAAGGAAAAGAAAAACGAAACAGAAGAGAAAGAGAAAGAGAAAGAGAAAGAGAAAGAGAAAGAGAAAGAGAAAGAGAAAGAGAAAGAGAAAGAACAACCAAAGGAGAUUCAGGUUGUGGAUCCGGCGGGAAACACGUACUACAACUGGCUCUUUGUGAUCACGUGUCCUGUGAUGUACAACUGGGUUCUCAUCAUAGCGAGAGCUUGCUAUGAGGAACUGCAGACAGACUAUUUGAUGUUAUGGUUCAUCCUGGAUUUCUUAUCUGAUCUGGUGUAUGUGCUCGACAUGGUGUUCAGGACCAGGACAGGAUAUCUGGAGCAGGGGCUCCUGGUGAAGGAUGAGAAGAAGCUUCGUGAUCGCUACAUGCAAAGCAUCCAGUUCAAGCUGGACCUGGCUUCUAUGAUUCCAACCGAUAUUUUAUACUUCUACUUCGGGCUGAACUACCCAGAGAUUCGCAUGAACAAGCUAUUGAGGGUCAAUCGCUUGUUCGAGUUUUUCCAGCGCACUGAAACACGGACUAACUUUCCGAACGUGUUCCGAAUCUCCAACCUCGUCAUGUACAUUGUGAUCAUCAUCCACUGGAAUGCCUGCAUGUAUUACUCCUUCUCCAAGGCAAUGGGCUUCGGGACAGACCCUUUCGUCUACCCGGACACCUCGGACCCAGAGUUUGGCCGGUUGGUGAGAAAGUACGCAUACAGCAUGUACUGGUCCACGCUCACGCUCACCACCAUCGGUGAGACGCCUCCCCCUGUCAAAAACGCAGAGUACUACUUCGUGGUAAUGGACUUCCUGGUCGGUGUACUGAUUUUUGCCACCAUCGUCGGUAAUGUCGGCUCCAUGAUCACCAACGCGAAUGCGGCACGAGCAGAUUUCCAGGCUCGCAUCGACGCUAUCAAACAGUAUAUGAGCUUCCGAAAGGUCACCAAAGACCUGGAGAAAAGGGUCAUUAAAUGGUUUGAUUACUUGUGGACCAACAAGAAAGCGGUCGACGAGAGAGAAGUGCUGAAGUACCUGCCGGACAAGCUGCGUGCGGAGAUUGCUAUAAACGUCCACCUGGACACUCUGAAAAAGGUGCGCAUCUUUGCAGACUGCGAGGCCGGGCUCCUGGUGGAGCUGGUGCUGAAGCUUCAGCCACAGGUCUACAGCCCCGGAGACUACAUCUGCAAGAAGGGAGACAUCGGUCGCGAGAUGUACAUCAUUAAAGAAGGAAAGCUGGCCGUGGUGGCCGAUGAUGGAGUCACGCAGUUCGUGGUGCUGAGUGAUGGCAGUUAUUUCGGAGAGAUCAGCAUCCUCAACAUCAAGGGCAGUAGAGCAGGCAACCGAAGAACCGCCAACAUCCGCAGCAUCGGCUAUUCAGACCUCUUCUGCCUGUCCAAAGAUGACCUGAUGGAGGCGCUAACUGAAUAUCCAGAUGCCAAGGCCAUGCUGGAGGAGAAGGGACGACAAAUUCUUAUGAAGGACAAUCUUCUGGAUUUAGAGCUGGCCAAGCAGGGUCCCGAUCCCAAAGUCAUGGAGGAAAAGGUCAUCAAGAUCGGUAGCGUGCUGGAUGAUCUUCAGACCCGCUUCGCCCGUCUGUUAGCAGAACACGAAGCUGCACAAGGCAAACUGAAGAAGCGCAUCACUAAAUUAGAAAAGAAGAUCACAGACUCCAGUGGAGUGGCUCUCUCUGAGAUGCUGGACCCGGAACUGGUGACUGCCAAGAAAGAAGAGAAAGAAUAAGAUGAAAGCUGCAGAUAAACCUGAUUAGUUUAAAUUAGUUUUAAAACUUUGAACAGAAGCCUUGUGUAUUGUGUGCUCCAUCCUGGGUUCUGACUGUAUUUGUGGGGAUGAAUAAAACUGUAGAUACACAUCAGCUCCUGCCCAACAUCACAUUCAUCCUGAGCUGUCAGUCUACCACAGCAGUGUCUGAACAACACUGAGUGAAGAAGAAGAAAUCUGAGUAAUCUUUGUUUGGUUCUUUCAUCUUCAUGGAACAGGUAGCACCCAAAUGUAAGAUAUUGUACAGAUGAUCGGUGUUCACAGCAUGUAUCUGUGGGUAGUUCUGAUUAUAUCAUGUUAUAAACGUGUUGUUUAUUCUAUAAUGUCUACCAAUAUCGGUUAAAAGUUUAAUCAGAGAACUAAAUGGGCUGUAAAAUAAUCCAAAUACAUCUUCAAUAAAGAAUAUCUGACCAGA